AUGUUUCGGCGGUUCCAUGUUGGCGGCGCCUUCAAGAAGCUCCCAAGUGGGCUUCUCAACCUCCCAUUACGAAUCCUCUCCUUCCCUGCCGCGCGAGCCCUCCUUGUUUGCGGCCUAAUCUGGCUGCUCGGUUUCAGCUACGGCCGACUCUUUCUCUGGCGCGAUCCCCAUAGCGCCUACUUCCAGUCCGAGGGCGUCUACGAUCUCCAAUAUUCGGCCGUCCGCCAGAAAGAAGCCCGUGAAUUCAUCGCCAAGGUCUCCGCCGAGUCCACCGAAGAUGGGUGGAAGCCACCACCGAAAGCAGGCCCCUCGCCCGCCAUCUGCGCCGCCCUCGUGAGCGUCCGCCGCGAUGGCGACGUCGCCCGCAUGUACAUGGCCGACGCCCUGGGAUCCAUGCUCUCGGGCCUCUACCCGCGCGAGCGCAACGCGCUGACCAUCAAGCUACUCUUCGCCAACACGGAGCCCGCGCGGCACCCCGAUUGGAACGCCCCUUGGGUCAAGCCCCUGGUCGACGACGCGGACGGGUAUCGCGACCUGACCCGGCUGGAGCUCGCGGGGCUGCGCAAGGCCGAGGAGGAGCGCGACAUGCCGCUCAAGGGCGUCUUCGACUACCUCUACGUCAUCGAGCGCUGUUUGGAAGAGACGAACGCGCCCUUCAUCGCCGUUUUUGAAGACGACGUCAUCUUCUCCGGCGACUGGAUGGCCCGCACCAUGCGCGGACUGCAAUACCUAGUGCGCGACCACAAGAAGGCCGCGGGGGACAAGGACUGGCUGUAUAUGCGUCUGUUUUACACUGAGACUCAUCUCGGCUGGUCGGCCGAGCGGGACUGGUGGUACAAUAACCUGCCGCUGACGCUCGCCAUGGCCGCGGGCGGGUCGGGGACCCUGCUCUUGCUGUUGCGGUUUUGUGGCUGCGGCCCCCGGCUGCGCCUCGACUGGGUCACCAUCGCCGUGGUCUCGUUGCUCGUGGCGCCGGGCUUCACCGUGCUGGCGUUUAUGGCCGGCAAGCACAACCUGCCGCUGCCGGGAUUCAGUCUCCACCACAACGUGCCCUUCGGCCCGGCUGACUCCGCGCUGGCGGCCGGCGUCUCGGCCAUGGACAAGAACGCCUGCUGCACCCAGGCGCUGGUAUUCAACAGGGAAACGCUGCCGGACCUGAUAGAGAACCUGCGCAAGCGGGAGCGCGGCCAGACGGAUACCAUGAUCGAGCAGUACUGCGACGCGACGGGGCUCAAGCGGUUCGCGUUGCGCGAGCAGGCCGUGCAGCAUGUUGGUCUGGUCAGCAGUCGGGGCAUGGCGGCAAAGCACACCAAGAGCGUGUGGGCGUUUUGGUUCGAGACCAACAAGCCCGAGACGGUGGAGAAGACCCAUAAGAAAGUGGUUGAAGAGAUUGACUGGGCCAUGUUCGAUAAGAUGUCUGCCGCUCCGUAG